AUGAUUUCAUUGAUCACAUUUAUCCUCUUCUAUACUACAAUAUUUCAAUGUUACAAUUCUAAAGGAAUAAUACAAGAGGAUAUCUUAUCGUAUAAUACAUCACUAAUACAUAAUAUCACGCAAGUUCUAGAUACUAUCCUCCUCAAACAGGAUCGUCAUUUUAGACCUAUCAACGGAGAUUCAAAUGUUCCAUUGCAAGUUGAAAUUGAUAUAUCUGUACGUAGUAUUGGACCAAUAUCGGAACAAAAAAUGGAAUUUUCGAUGGAUUGUUAUUUUCGGCAAAAAUGGUUAGAUCGACGAUUAGCCUUUGAUACAUUUGGUAAUCGGAAUGAUUUGCCAAUAUCAAGCAAAAUGCUGAAUGAUAUAUGGACACCUGAUACAUAUAUUCGAAAUGGACGACAUUCAUAUUUGCAUACUCUAACAGUACCCAAUGUCCUCUUUCGAGUUCGUCAUGAUGGACAAAUUCAUGUUUCACAAAGAUUAACAAUCCGAAGUCGAUGUAAAAUGUUUUUCAAGAAAUUUCCAAUGGAUUGUCAGGCAUGUCCAAUUGAAAUUGGUAGUUUGGGUUAUUUUUCCAAAGAUAUCGUUUAUGUUUGGAAGGAUGUGGAAUUAGACUCAAAAAUGAGCAAUAUGCUUGCACAAUAUCAGCUACUUCAUGUCAUCAAAACGUCACAUAAUUGGACUGAUCCUCAUGACAACAAAUUAAAUAUAUCGGUGCUUAAAGUAUAUUUUAAGCUUCAACGUCAACAAGGUUUCUAUAUACUACAAAUUUACACUCCUUGUACAUUGAUCGUUGUCGUAUCAUGGGUUAGUUUCUGGAUCAAUAAAGAAUCAUCACCAGCUCGAGUCUCAUUAGGCAUAAUGACAGUACUUUCCGUGUCAACAUUGGGCUUCAGUUAUCGAUCUGAUUUGCCAAAAGUUUCGCAUUCAACAGCCCUCGAUAUUUAUAUUAUUUCGUGUUUCGGAUUUGUAUUUGCUGCGGUGAUCGAAUAUGCUAUUAUCAAUUAUGUAAAUAGAACUAAUAUCCGAAAAAAGUAUCGAAAAUACGCAUAUCAUCAAAGCCACUAAUGCCGCCGAGACAAAGAACCAGUCUUCACUGUAAGAAGAUGACGCCAGAUUCAAAGCUUCAAUCAAAUCGGAAUUUAUUCACACCAAAACAACAACAUUCAAUGUUCCAUCGAAUUGCAGCAGAAGCAAGUGAAAAAGUGAAAAUAAAAAACCCAACGAACGUAGUUAGUCGAAUAGAUUCCGCUGCCAAAAUUGCUUUUCCAUCGCUCUACAUCUUAUUCAAUGUUAUCUAUUGGCUAGCUUUCCUUUACUGGAUUCCCGAUGAAAUAAACACUCUUAUUUAGUCGGUAACUGAAAACUAAUUAUUACAGCACAUGUCAAGUCUCUUUGUUGUAACCAGUAUUCAGUAUUCACAAAAAUGUGGUAACAUACAGUGGUGUAUUCAAUAAAAAAUAAUAAAAAGAAGUUGUUUUAUCAUGUUUAAAAGUAAAGACAGCAGCAAAAACAACAAAUAAAGCACAAAAGUGAAUCAAUGCGCAAU